ACUUCCAUGAUGUGUGAUCAAGAAAAUACAUUAAUGUGAUUGCAUGAUUAAAAACAUGCAAAUUUCUCCUUAUUUAAUUCAAUGUUUCUACACAUCAAGAGCAAAUGUGCCUCCUACACCCCGUUGCACUGUUGAAAUCAACGUGAUGUGCAUGCCAAAAGAGUCCUAUGCGUGUGGCAAAAAAGUCACUGCGGAGGUCGGCGUUUGAGCGUGGAGUCCCGAGGCGGCGCUUCGCAAGUUCCAUUGCUUGGAAAACGGGUUUCUUUCUCUUUUGUACAUCAGGAGAACCGCGGCGUGGCCGUUCAGAAGCUAUUCUUGCUUCAGCUGCUAAGGAGGUCUGUCGCGAUUGUGUCUGUCAAUUGUGUCUUUUAAUUGUAAGUCGUGCUUGACUCGCCUUACUUUAGAUCGGCCAAAAUGAAAUCGAGGGUGACCAAAGCUUGGUGUUUCCUUUUGUUUGGAUUUAUUUCUGCAGUCAGUGCGAGCAGUUUUAAGUGCUACCAGUGCACGUCCGAAGAAAAUCCUGAUUGCGGCGAUCCGUUUAAGCCGAACGUGACCCUGGUGGCCACCGAGUGCCAGGACCUGGCAUACGUAGCCGCAAUCUUCUUCACAAAUACUUUCACUGAGCAGCGGCUCCAACAUGCGUGCAUUAAAACAGUAAAAACCACUGGAGACAAAGUGGUUGUCACUCGAAAGUGCUCCUUGGACACUUCUCUGAUUAAAGACUCUAAUGGCAAACCAGCUCCGAAUAUGUGCGACGAAGACUUAAAGCAGGUCCCUGGCGAAACGUGCAACAUAUGCAUGGAGGAGGCGUGCAACUCGGCACCAAGAGCAUUGCACUCUGUUUCCUCACUGUUGGUUGCUCUUCCCGCAAUCAUCUGCAUUUUUACUAUUAAAGCUUUCUUCUGAGAUUAGUAUAUUUUCAGCUGUAAAAAAAUAGAAACUAAAAUUAAAACUCUGUGAUUUAAAUACUAUUAAGACGAUUCACUUUGACAGAUUUGAAUUUGAAUUUCAUGUUUAUUUUUAUUGCAUGUUCUGGCAUUUAUAACUUUUGCUAUAUAAACAGCAGACGAAAAAUUUAUAACUAUUCUAAAGCGGAGCUUUUUAUGACUUCACGCUCCGUGCAAGUUUUUAAUUGACAAGUAUAUGCUCCUUUGUAUAAAGAAAGAUGAUUUCAUAUAGAAAUGAGUGCUCUUUUUGCGCAAUACUGUUCAUUUUACUGUUUUUUCCAUGUGCGCUUUCUUAAACUCGUUAACAUUUCACAAAUCAAAAUUAUUGCAAGUUUGGUCUGUUAAUUUUAUAAUGGUCUCUGCUGUUGAAUAGAAAAUUCGAGAUGAGAUGUGGAGCAUACUUCCUUUUGUUAUAAAAUUAUUACCAUUAUUUAAUUGCUAAAUGUUGCAACUGUUGCAAGCGUUUUGUAAACACUUCUUGUAAAAAUUGCUCACUAAAAUUCUCCACAGUGUUCUGAUUUUAAUGUAAGAUGCAUAAACAGUUGUUAGGGUUAGUUAAAUUAUUUUUAAUUUACGUUCAGUGAAAAAUAUCUGUAUUAGCCAACUAGUCAAAGCUUGUUUUUGUGAAACAUUGUGAAAUUAAAAUAUAAAUUAUGAUUUAUUCUAAAAGGCAAGUGAAUUGAAUUGUAAAUUAGUAUAACGGUUUAGCGCACCUUUUUUGUACGUCCGAGUUGCGCGCAAGAAAUAAAAUUACUAGAGCAGGUCAUCUUGUUUUUUUUUUU